UGUUCAGAGGUGGUUGCCUCAUUCAAAGCAGUUAGCUGCCAGUGUCAUUAUCGGUAGAGGCUGUAGUGGACAAACAGAGCAGCGGUAGUUAUAAUGUCACAGCCGCCUCUCCUCAUCCUGUACGGGAGCCAGACCGGCACUGCCCAGGACACGGCCCAGAGGAUCGCACGGCAGGCGAAGAGGAAGCGUCUGCAAGUUCAAGUGCUGCCUCUGGAUAACUACAACAUGGCCCACCUGAUCUCUGAGUCUCUGGUGGUUUUUGUGUGUGCCACCACAGGCCAAGGAGACCCUCCAGACAAUAUGAAGAACUUCUGGAGGUUCCUCUUCAGAAAAUCUUUACCUUGGUCUCUGAGUCGACUGGACUGUGCUGUACUGGGCCUUGGGGACUCCUCAUAUCCAAAGUUCAAUUUUGUGGCCAAGAAGCUUCACAAGCGCCUCCUGCAGCUGGGAGCCAGCGCACUGCUGCCUGUCGGGCUGGCAGACGACCAACAUGACCUGGGGUCAGAUGCUGUGAUCGACCCGUGGCUCACUUCAUUUUGGGAGAAAGUAUUGACCCUGUACUCAUCUUUGGCUGAUGUGCCACCACUGAGGGAAGAUGAACCACUUCCUCCAACAUACACGUUCCACUUCCUGGAUGAUGUGAAAGAGGAGACAGGUGACAGGCUGAGGAUUACCACAGACCAAACUGUCCCCUCCCAGUCUCAUCCCUUUCCUGCCAGACUGGUGUCCAACAGGAGAGUCACACACCCGUCACACUUCCAGGAUGUGAGGCACAUCGAGCUCGACAUCACUGGAUCCAGCAUCCAGUUUGCAGCUGGUGACGUGGUGAUGAUGUAUCCUCGUAAUGCACCAGAAGACGUAGAACAAUUCUGCCAACUGCUGAGAUUAGAUCCAGAGGGAAUGUUCACUCUCAGGCCCACAGACAACACUGCAGUUCCCGCCAGGCUUCCUCAGCCCUGCUCUGUGCGCCACCUGGUGGAGAGUUACCUGGACAUCGGCGCUGUCCCCCGCCGCUCCUUCUUUGAGAUGCUGUCUACCUUCUCCGACAAUGAGCUGGAGCAAGAAAAGCUGGUGGAGUUCGGCUCAGUGACAGGACAGUCGGAGCUGCACAGCUACUGCAACCGGCCCCGACGCACCGCGCUGGAGGUUCUGGCAGAUUUCCCCCACACUACAGCACAACUCAAAGUGGACUAUCUCCUGGAUCUUUUCCCUGAGAUCCAGCCUCGCUCCUUCUCCAUCGCCUCCUCUCUCCAGGCUCACCCACACAGGCUUCAGAUCCUGGUAGCUGUUGUCCGGUACAAAACCAAGAUACAUAAACCACGAAGAGGCCUCUGCUCCACCUGGUUAGCCUCCCUGGACCCCGCACAAGGGGAGGUGUAUGUGCCUCUGUGGGUGAAGAAGGGCAGUCUGAAGUUCCCUAAAGACAGGGACACCCCUGUGAUAAUGGUUGGACCUGGAACAGGAGUGGCGCCAUUCAGGUCUGCUAUACAGGAGAGGAUUGCUGAAGGGAAAACCGCCAAUGUCCUGUUCUUCGGCUGCCGCUCAGAGUCCAGAGACUUCUACUUCAGGUCAGAGUGGGAGGAGCUGAUGAUGGCGGGACACCUGACCCUCUUCACUGCCUUCUCACGAGACCAGGAGGACAAGGUUUACGUGCAGCACCGUGUGAAGGAGAACGCUGAGCUGCUGUGGGACCUGAUCGCCAAUAAAAGUGCCUGUUUUUACAUCGCUGGCAACGCCAAACAGAUGCCAGCCAGUGUGAGUGACGCUCUGAAGGAGGCGUUCCAGCAGGAGGGAGGCAUGUCGGCCGACGAGGCUGAGCAAAUGUUUGAAGCCAUGGAGAGGGCGGGGCAAAUCCAGAGUGAGACCUGGUCCUGAUCACAUGAUCUGGCAAAAGUGCUCAUUCACUUUCCUGCCAAGACUGAGAGAAGAGGAUCAAUACCAGACCUGCACAAUUCAACGAAAUAUAAUUGAAAUAAGAUCAUGAUGAGAUAAGGCCAAGUGCAAUAUCCAAAUCACUUUUUUUUGAUAAAGGUAAAAUGUGUCACAUUGUCAGCACCAUAAGUGUUGUGUUGCUACAGACACGCCCCGCACUACAAAUCAUAUUCUCCAGAUGUACAGGAACAUGUUUGUUUGAUACAAGACCAACAAAAGUCACAUCAUGAUUUUUAAAUGUUUUAAGUGAAAAUGACCCAUGCUGGGGCGGCAUGGUGGUGCAGUGGGUAGCGCUGUUGCCUCACAGCGAGAAGGUUCUGGGUUUGAACCCCAGGCUAGGGGCCUUUAAUGUUUGCAGGUUCUCCCCGUGCCUGCGUGGGUUCUCUUCAGGUACUCCAGCUUCCUCCCACAGUCCGAAGACGUGCACAUUACAUUACAACAAAACUGCAACAUGUAGUUUUUAUUUGUUUUCCAAACCUCUGCAGUGAACAGCUGGAAACGGUUCAGCAGGUUUCUAACAUUAAAUUCAGCUGUAGCCAAAGUUGUGCUACCGUUUGCCAGCACAUAAACACCUGAGCAGGGACAGUGUCGGCGUCACACCCACAUGUUUAGAUGUAAAGAGUGAUUUAUGAAAGAGCAGUUCAUUAGUCUUAGUGGAGCCUAGAUCAUUGUGCAGUGAUUUGAACACAGUGAACCACUUUAAAUUUUGCCUUAUCUAACCGGGAACCUUACUACCUUGUCUCUGCUGCUUCACACCACAGUGGCUGCUGGCUCAGCUCCUCACUGCGUAGUGACAGUAAACUUUAUAGAAACAUAUUCCAUUUAGGAAAUGAGUAACUGUAUGUAACUAAAUGAGUUACUGUAUGUAACAGUUAAUAAACAGGUUAACUGGAUGGGUGAUGCAGGCAGCCAUUAACACACAAAAUACACUGCAACAGCACUACCUAGUGGUGUAUUUAAGAUACUGCCUGAUAUAAUCUUUGCUGAACAGGAGCCACAGAUUUGGUCGCACCAGACCAUGUAGACUGUAGCUGUAAACCUCUGAGUGAACUGAACUGAGCAGCGGUUUGUUCUGCUGCUCAUAAAAUCAACUCUUCAUUUAUGAAAGGUUAUUUCUUUUCCAAAAGUUACACAGUAGUUACACACUUUAAAGUUUAAAGUAAAAUCAUAAAUGAUCUCUUUCCACAGAGGGUCCAGGUCCAGUGAGGUUUACUAUGUCAGAUUUCAUUAAUGAUGUCAUUGGAGAAACAAUGUAAGAACUUCCCUCUGUUGCUCUGAUUGGACCUUUAAUCCACUGGUCUCAUGUCAGAUCCGUUAAUGUGUCCAGAGGGCCGUCGAGGCGGAUUCCAUUUAAUGUGUGAAUUCAUCAUGAAUGAAGGAGAGCAGCACAGUUCCAGUAGCUGUUCUUCUCUGACUGAAACAUUCAACUUGCAAAUGUUUUUUUUCUUCAGUAAAGAUCCAUUCUUAAUUUUAUUUACUUGUAAUUAAUUGUAAUCACUAUUAAAUUGUAUUUGUUAACGUGGCAUGUGUGGGAAAAUAAAUGACCCACUUGCAGUGGAUUGUAUGAUAUGCAAAAAACAGAUUUUCACAUUUUCAGGUCAAAUUAAAAGUGAACCUGAUGAGAUGCUUUUAAAGGACAGUUUCACUCUGGGGGUGCAAGACUUAUAUAUACAGUGUCAAAAGAGAAUUCUCUUCUAAAGUCAUUUUAAAUGUGCUCUGUAUGAAAUGAUGUUGGAGUCUCCUGUUUGAAUUCUGGUUUGUAUGUUAAAGUACUCAUUAAACACCGUCUACACACUGAA